AUGUCAUCGGUUGUUAUAGCACUUGAUGCCUCGCCGAAAAUUGAUGUUACUGCGUUUGAACUCAAACAAUGCAAAUCGCGCGGCAAGGUUGUAGAAAUUUCAGCGGCGUUGCGACGUAGACUAAGUCUCCUGAGCCGGUACGCAUAUAUAACUUUCCUUGCGUUGAUCCCUUGCAUGGAAGUAUCUGACCGCAUUGAUCUCAAGGAUUAUGGUCAUGAAAAGUACCGAACAAUUCUGGAGGAUCAACUUUCCGAAACACAAUUUUUAUUCAAAGUUGCAGAACAGCGCGCUUACGAGCUUCAUCACGCGUCUAUGAAUGCGACAGGACGCCAGGAUGACGAAACAUCCGAUACAGAAUCAGAAAAUUGUGACCAUCUCGAUGACGAUCCUGAUCCGAGAAAAUCUUCUCCUAUCUCAUCCCUGAGCCAGAAUAGUACACUACAAGAUGAAAUGGAUCCAAUCAAAGCGAUUCUAGCGGAGAAGUGCAACAACAUUCGGGAACAGAUUUGGAUUCAGCUUGCGCGCUCCUGUGCGCCUGUUCAGUCGCGCUUCUACGUUGAGCGUUUGGAGGUCAUUUGGGCUUGCGUCCGUCGCGCCGUUUGUUCAGACCCAAAGCUCAUGCUCUUAUCGCGAAAAUAUAAAUCUGCUAUUAAUAUGUUGAAAGAUACCACUUUGGAGCUGUUGACAGUGACGAAAAUUUGGACCGCGAUAAAUAAUCUCUGUGCUGAGGACGUUCGAGCUGCCAUUGAUGAUGUCCUCCACCCGGUCCGUACGACGGGAGAAUAUGUGGUCGUCUUCAAGGCACGAGUGCAUAAAGAUCUUAGCCACGCCAGCCUUCCUUUCCAUGGCUGGGGACAUAUGGCUGCAUUUUUUCCUUGUUAUAGCAAUAUUCGAAGGACUUGCGAAUCUGUCGACGACAUUGUUGAAUUGACGAGAUACGCCCUUCUUUGCAAUGUCCCAAUUGCUCGAGAGUCUAAUCUGUUCAAGUACCCACAUGAGGGAAUUAUGAAUCUCCUUCUUUGUGGAUUUAUCCCCGACAGCUACGCACGAUUGGAACCAAACCCAUCAAGAGGCGAAGGCAAUACUAUCGGGUUAAAGGACAUGGAAUUGCUGAACUACGAUUGGAAGCCAUUCGUCAGUGUUGAAAUGUCGUUAACUGACCCUAAAGUUAACGACUUUGUGAAUGCAUGUUUUCGUCGGUCAGAUCUGGUCGUUUCCUUCCGGAAAGGCUCUGCAAAUAAAGAGUUCUGUUCCAAGCCACUGUAUGGUCAGACGGCGAACAUAGUCAAGGAUUCCUUCGAAGUAAAAAGCCUACCGGAUCCAUGCCAACCAACACAUAAUUUGGCCUUCCAAAAUGCUACACCGUCUGUCACGCCACCAAAACGAAUUUUCGAUUGUUUUCAAUUGACGAUAACUCCAGAGAAGAGAGGUGAAAUAAAGGAUUUCCUUACCGAAAUUGUUCAUCUAUGGCACAAAAUCUAUGGCGUCGACAAUCUCACUGGAUUAAUUCGCACCGUCGCCUCGCCCUACAUCAUCAACCAAGAAAUGGAAUUUAGCGACGACUCGAAUCUUAUCCCGAGUGUUGAACCGGCGACAGACGUAUCCUUUAAGGCUCUUUGGGGACGUCUUCCCACUGUAAAGGAAAUCGAGAAUUGUGUCAAUAUUGGCAGAGUGUAG